UUUAAAAAGUUUAUUGGUUAAGAAACUCAGAGACAGUGGAUGGACAAAUAAUGUUAAAAAACGUUGUGGAGAGAUCAUUAAAGCUGAAGGAGCGGAUAAAAUUAAAAUUUCUCAAUUAGAAGAUGCAGUUUUAUCAUAUGAAAUGCUUCCAGAAGAAGUUAAAAUUGAAUUAUUACAACAAAUUUCUGAUUCAUUGGAUUCAAUUAUAUCUUCAAAAGAAAAAAU